AGUUUUUUGAUUGAGUGCCACAACUGAAAGCCAAAAUGGAGGACUUUGUCAGAAUGGAAAAGAUCGGGGAAGGCACCUACGGUGUCGUUUACAAGGCUCGCAAUAAGAAGACCGGCAAGCUCGUUGCCAUGAAGAAAGUUCGACUCGAAGGCGAAGACAACGGCGUACCCUCGACGUCGAUUCGCGAGAUUUCGCUCUUGCAAGAGCUGCGCCAUCCCAACAUUGUGGCCCUGGACGACUUUGUCAUGGACGAGGCGCGUAUUUAUCUAAUAUUCGAGUUUCUAUCGAUGGACCUGAAGAAGUACCUCGACAAACUGCAGAACGACCUGAUGGAACCAAAGCUCGUUCAGAGUUACCUGUACCAAAUUAACGAGGCGAUCUUAUUCUGUCACCAAAGGCGGGUGUUGCAUCGCGACUUAAAGCCGCAAAACUUGCUCAUUGGCGUUGACGGGUCGAUUAAGGUGGCCGAUUUUGGACUGGGUCGCGCCUUCGGCGUGCCCGUACGCGUUUACACGCACGAGGUGGUCACGUUGUGGUACCGCGCGCCCGAAAUACUGCUCGGAUCUGCGCGCUACUCGUGCCCGAUCGACGUCUGGUCGUUGGGGUGCAUCUUCGCGGAGAUGGCGACGAGACGUCCGCUCUUCCAGGGCGACUCCGAGAUCGAUCAGCUGUUUAGAAUCUUUCGCGUGCUGAAGACGCCAACGGAGGAGCUGUGGCCCGGCGUUUCCGCCCUGCCCGAUUACAAGGCCACCUUUCCGACCUGGACGAACUACGGCCUGGAGGGUCAAGUCAAGUGCAUGUCGCCGAGCGGAAUCGAUCUGUUGAAGCAGAUGCUGAUUUACGAUCCGGCGAAACGGAUUACGGCCAAACAAAUGGUUUCGCAUCCGUACUUUGCCGAUUUAGAUUUGUCUGUUAAACCGCAGAUUCCAAAGUAAUUGCGACUGUGCCGCUAUUCUUGAA